AUGCAACCCUCACGCACCCCGAUCACACUGUCAAAUCGACGAGUCGCAAAGCCUGAGGAGCCGUCGCUUUCCGUUCUCGAUGAGGCUAUAGCGCGAUACAAUUUCAAGUUCACUACACAAAAUGGACGCCUUUGGUGCGUGAAUGCUCCAGAUUAUUCGGAGGAGCGAACGCCGGAUGGAAGGUCGAAGACAAUACGCGCCAUGGCGUUCACGCGUGCAAAAAUGAAGUUCAUGCUGCCAGAGCUCGUCGCCAAACCGAGGAACGCUCUCCCUCCGGACCUAGACAUUGUAGAUCCAACCACCGGACGGGCUCGAGUGGCCUCCCGCCAUAAUAAGAAACCCGUCACCAUGUACUUCGGCCUGGGAAUCACGACCCAUCAGAUGUCUUUCUACGGCCACCAAGAGAAGCUCAAAACUCACCACGAAGUCGGCCAACACCUGGCGGAACGGUUCAAAGCCCACCCAGGUCUCUCAGCGCCUGCCGUGACCUGCGAAAUGGUCAUCAAUAUCGAUUACGAUCUCGUCAUUGCGCUGUAUAGCAACUACACGAAGCACGACAGGGAGCUUUCUGAAGAGAGGGAGAAGCAUAUUUUGAAGUGGGUUGGGAAGCAGUUUGGGAUCGCGGAGAAGGAGUGUUUGGGGAUGUGGUAUGAGGAGGACGCGCAUAUGAAGAAUAGUCCUUUGACCGACGGGAUCGUCUGGGUUGAGGGAUUUGAUCCGAGAUCUAAACGUACCGAGGUGGCGUAG